AUGAAUAAGUUUUCCGGGUUCACGAUCUCUGAACGCGCAGGCAGACAGACUUUGUGGAUUUGGCAGCAUGGAUUCGAUAUCCAAUUUUGCGACUCUCCCUUGACUCGGAAAUGGAAUAUGGAUAAACAUCUAUUCAAGGAGCACCGGCUGGCCGACGAGUCUGGGAAAAGGUCACCUGCGAUGGAGAAGGGGUGGAAAGACAAGACCCCAUUCAGAAAUGUUGCGGAAAUGCUCAGCCUCAAUACCCAUGACCCAAAAGAGCAAGCCAUUGCCAAUGCUCUUAUUAGAUGCUUUAACAGGGACCAUUUUCAGAAGCUGCUUCUCGAGUGGGUGGUCGAUGCCAACAUCUCCUUCCGUCAGCCUGAGCACAGUCGUCUUCGGCGUAUAUUCGAAUAUCUGAAUCCAUUCGUCGCUGUGACAAACGCCCACAUUUCCCACAACAUUGUGCGCAAGAGAAUUGUCGACCUACAUUGUCGACUCAAGGCUCAAAUUAUCGACCACCUGAGGAAUAUCCCUGGGAAGACCCAUAUUGCGUUUGAUGGCUGGCGUUCCAGGAAUCAGCACGCUGUGUAUGGCAUAGUCUGCUUUUACCUUGAUCAUGACGGUGCACCGUCCAAACUUGUGCUUGGCCUACCGGAGCUGAAGAUCUCGCACCCCGGCGAGAAUAUUGCGGCGCAGGUUCUAGAGAUUCUAGAGAGCUACGAAAUACUUGACAAAAUUGGGACUGACGCAUUUGAGGCUGAUGUUGAUGGAGAGUCAGGGUUGAACGCUGCUCAGCAUGAAGGCUGGCGUAAUAAAGGGCCUAUCGGCAAGCUCCACAACCUAGUUCACUGGAUUCACAGGUCUGACAAGCUCACGUACCGUCUCCGAGCUCUGCAGGAGGAAUUCUUCCAGAGCUCUACCAGCACAGAAAACCGAGCAAGGAAACCUCUAGAUGUUGUUUUGGACAACCACACUCGCUGGCUGUCGACGCUGUACAUGAUACGCCGAGGCCUCAAGCUGCGACCAUUCCUCGAGGAUAUCGUUGCACAAUCGAGUUCAGCACUGAUGGUCAGCGUUCUUGUUGAUUUUGAGGAGGCUCUCCGAAUGCUGGAUGGGGGACGGCCAAAAGCGGACGCGGAAAGGAGGUCAUAUCGAGGCGUACGGCAAUAUGUGGGACGUGGCCUCCACGUACGAAUUCCUAAUGGAAAGCUAGACGAGACGCCUGUAUACUACGCUGCGGCGAUACUGAACCCCGUCUCGCGUUGGGGAUACUUCGAGAAUACGUGGACGGAUACAGCGCAACGACCCUGGCUGCAGGAGGCCAAAAGGACGGUGUGGAAACGUUGGGAGGAGGAGUACAAGUCCUUGUCGACGCGCGAGGUGGGUGAUGAAGGUCCGCCGUUCAAACUGUUGAAGGCCAUGAGUGCGCUUGAGAGGCGUCGGGCUCUCAGGACAUCGACGCUGCCGUGCGGAACAUGCCCCGGGAAAAGCCCGUUAGAUGCAGAGCUCGACGAGUACGACCAAUGGCUAUUGAGACCCGACCUUCAGCAUGACCCCCUGGUGUCUGACCCCGUGCAAUAUUGGUGA